GCGCUCCCUGCGACCAUAUAAGCGCUCGUUCGAUCUCGAGGACUCGAGACCUGCUACUCUUCCGGAAAUUGUUCACCCUUUCUCUGGUCGCUAGUAACCUUGACUCUUCUCGUGCUCCCACCAUAGCAUCUGCCCCGCUGCCACCGACCACAAGAGCACUGAAGCGUGAACAACAUCAACAUGGCCGCACCACCCCAAUCUCCUCCAGACUCAGGACCGACAGAUCCAACUCUACCCAAGCUCCCAGCCGGAUGGAUAGCUCAAUGGGAUGCCAGUUCCCAGAAAUACUACUGUACGUCAUACGCUUCUUACUAUCGCGAACAUUUAGGUCGUCGUCCUCAUGGUUAUCGAAUCAUAAUUGACAAUAUUCAAUAGAUGUGCAAAUCAGUAAUGGCAAAUCCCAGUGGGAGCUGCCCCGAGACGACGACAUUGCGUCGAACGGAGGCUCGCACGCCGGCACACCUGCGCAGCC